ACGCGGGGCGGCCGCGGUGCGCUAAGGGUUGUGGCGGAGCCGGUGCAGGCCCCGCCGCUGCCGUCUCGUCUCUUCUCCCCCUCUCCCCACCACGCCCUGCUGAGGACGUGGCCGCUGGGCCACCUGCGCAGAGACCCGGGCGGGGGUUCGCUGAGGUUCGCGUCCUCAUCGUCUGCCUCGGCGCUUCGGCGGGGGAGCCGGCCCGACCGGCCCGGUGGGAUGGGACGGGAAGGGAAGGGAAGGGAAAGGAAAGGACGGGGCGGGGCGGGGCUGCGUGCGGAGCCGGCGCCGCAGCCGCCUCAGAAAAAUGACCUAAGCACAAUCCAGCCUUUGGGGCUGAGGGCAGGAGCAGGGGUAGGACUGCCAGGAGGAUGGCUUUGCCUGGAAGCUUACGAAGGCAGCCUGCAAACAGAGGCCUUGUGUCCCAUUGCACCCACCAUCAUAUUGUUGUGUUCCUGCUGACCUUCUUCAGUUAUUCCCUGCUCCAUGCUUCCAGGAAGACAUUCAGUAAUGUCAAAGUCAGCAUUUCCAACCAGUGGACCCCCUCCUGCCUGAACAGCACGGCCCCUGAACUCUGGCCGUAUGAGCUCUGGAACAGCAGUCAUUUAUUUCCAAAUGCAGAAGAAGCAACUCUCUUCCUGGGGACAUUGGACACUAUCUUUUUGUUUUCCUAUGCUGUGGGUCUCUUUGUCAGUGGCAUAGUUGGGGACCGCCUGAAUUUACGUUGGGUUUUGUCUUUUGGCAUGUGUUCCUCUGCCCUAGUGGUAUUCUUCUUUGGCACACUUACAGAAUGGUUACAUUUCUACAACAAGUGGUUCUACUGCUGUCUCUGGGUUGUGAAUGGCUUGCUGCAGUCCACUGGUUGGCCCUGUGUGGUCGCUGUCAUGGGCAACUGGUUUGGAAAAGCUGGGAGAGGUUUUGUGUUUGGACUCUGGAGUGCUUGUGCUUCUGUGGGAAAUAUCCUUGGGGCAUUCCUUGCCUCCUGUGUUCUCAAAUAUGGCUAUGAGUAUGCUUUCUUGGUGACUGCUUCAGUACAGUUUGCUGGUGGAGUCAUUGUCUUCUUUGGGCUCCUGACGUCACCAAAGGAAGUGGGCCUUCCGGAGCUUGGAGCAGAUGAAGAUGGUGGUGUGGAGGAAGAUGCCAACAGACCUUUAAUGGGCGAUGACGAUGCAGACGAUGAUGACCGGAAUUACUCUAUUCAAGCAGCUGACACUGACAACCAGCCAAAGGCCAUUGGCUUUUUCCAGGCGUGUUGCCUUCCAGGUGUGGUGCUGUACUCUUUGUCCUAUGCCUGCUUGAAACUGGUGAAUUACUCAUUCUUCUUCUGGCUGCCCUUCUACCUCAGCAACAACUUUGGGUGGAAAGAAGCAGAAGCUGACCAGCUCUCCAUCUGGUAUGAUGUGGGAGGAAUCAUAGGUGGGACUAUCCAGGGCUUGAUUUCUGAUGUGCUACAGAAGAGAGCCCCAGUGCUAGCAGUUAGCCUGCUCUUUGCUGUAGGCUCUCUUUUUGGAUACAGCCGUUCUCCAAACAGCAAACCUAUCAAUGCUGUGAUCAUGGCAAUUACAGGGUUUUUCAUCGGAGGCCCUUCUAACAUGAUCAGUUCUGCAAUAUCUGCUGACCUGGGGCGCCAGGACGUGGUGAAAGGCAGCAGCGAGGCUCUGGCAACAGUCACGGGAAUUGUGGAUGGAACUGGCAGUAUUGGUGCUGCAGUGGGCCAGUAUCUGGUGUCUUUGAUCCAGGAGAACCUGGGAUGGAUGUGGGUUUUCUAUUUCUUUAUUCUAAUGACGAGUUCAACAAUCCUGUUCAUUUCGCCAUUAAUAGUGAGGGAGAUCAGAUUGCUUCUGCACGAGCGGCGCCUGCGGAUGCUGGCUGAGUGACUUCUGCCUGCCCCUGGAAGGACUGUUGUAUGGACCUGACAGCUGGAACACUAAUCAGAACUCUGAGAGUCUUGUUUCUUACAUCCUCCAGGUUUGGACUAAUUCAAAAUGACUCUGCAAGACUUGAUUGACCUGCCUUUGCAAGCUCAAUAGUGAAGUACCAAAUACCCAUCCUGAGGCCACCCGCAUCACUGAGCUGCUGACCUAAGCUAGACAAUCCAUGGGACUGGCAGAUUUUCCCAGCCUACCAAACUCUUCCAUGUCAGCAGUCACAGCAGCGUCUCCUGUUGGGUGGUCUCUCUGCUAUACCCUUUCUUAUUUAUUUCUGGAUGUCCUGACUGAAGGUCAAGUGUUUUAAAGCUGACGGUGGAGAGGCAGUGUUGCAAUGAAUUCCGAUGCUCUCUUGUGCCAGUGAAAUCAUACAGUGCAUUUCAUGGGUAGUCUGAAUUUAGGAUCACUUUAGCUUUUAGAAAGGGCAAAAGUAAUUAUUUGGAAUUUACGCUGUCCAGUUGUUUAAAAAAGGCUGUUGCUAAAUUUCUGCACAGAGGGACCUCUGCUAUCCCCAGCUAUUAACGGUUACAUAUUCCAGUAGAUUCGCAUGGAGACGUUACCUCCAUAUUUGUUUUUAGCAUUUUUUAAUAAUAAUAAUAAUAAUUAUAAUAUUACAAAUCUCUGGAAAAUGAGAUUUCAGUUUUUAAAUAUUUAAGCAGACAAAUAGUGUGCAAUACUUUUACUGUGAUCUCUAAGAAUAAGCCUUACUAGAUCCUUUGUGUUUAAAGGAUCCUUAGAUGGCUUUAGGGAUCAGUAAUGGGACACAAAUCCUUUCACUACUGCUUUGUUAUUGGAACUCUGAUCAAUGCUGACCAAAAUGGGACUGUCAGGUGACCCUCUGAAGGACACAGGUGUCACUGAUUUCGUACUCAUUGGGCAAUUGCUCAUCUCCAGCAAAGGAGAACCAGAAUGGAAUUAAAGGAAUUUAAGGGACUUGGCUACUCUCGGCCAUGGGUUUCCAGGUGGGGACUGGAGGGUGCUCAUGACAUCCCCCUGUGCCUCUGCCUGCCACCUCCACCUCUCAUGUUUGGUGUUAAUGGGAUUGUCGAGUAACUUCUCGACAGAUUGUUUUCUGCUUAUGCCUUGGGAUGCUGCAUUGUAAUAGGUGUGUGUUAACCAGCAGAACUUGUGAUCAAACACUCCAUCUAACUAGUCAGUGAUGCCUGGGCUAGGGUGAGGGGCAGGAAAGUUCUUGGAGCUGAAAAUUUGAAACCUUUUAAAAGGGAAAAGUUGCCUUUUUAAAAUGCACAGUGAUUUUUUUUUUUUUUUUUUAAUUAUGAAUGUCAGUUUUUAGUCGUGUUGAUUGUAAUGGGUGGAACCUUAUUAGUGCCUUAUGGUUUUACUGUAUUGGACAGUUGCUUGGUGAUUGCUGCUUCUGCAGUGACAGCUCCGUGCGCAGCUUUGCUUACUGUGAAACUCUGUUGCUCCGUUUUAUACUUUUGAGAGUCUCUUUCUUUCUUGGUGGAGGAAUUCUUGCAUUUUUGCUAACCCCUGAAAAAUUUCUGUGCUUGGGAAAAUGAUGCCAUUAAGCUGAUGAGGGACCUGAACCCUGUUCUUGUCUCUUCUCAUUCCCAUUCCAAUUUUUGCCUGUAUAAUUAGAGCAGGAGACGGAGAAUCUAUCAUCCUGUUCUCAGAAUUAUGCCCUGGGGUUAGUGUUCACCUCCCAAGCUACUCAUUAGCUCCUGUACAAAUAGAAUCAAAACUCCCUGAAAUUUAGUUCUAAAAUUGGUGGCGGCACCGUUUGCCCCAGCCACGGCGUCUGGGAAUCUCGUGGUUUCAGAUUCCAACCUGGAUGAGCUUUUUGGACGGCCAGGCCGGGUGCUAGAUAAGCUUCUGAUGAAAGGUGGGGUGGGAAAGGGACACGGCCAGGGCUUGGGGGGGAGGAGAGGCAGGGCCCCUGUAACAAAUGGUUUCCUGUAAACAGUUCUGUCCCCUCUGGAGAAGUGUCAGAGGUGGUGUGAGUGCUGCAAGCACAAGCUGCCCAGCAGCUCGGCUGUGCUAUGAGGCCACCCUCAAUUAGCUCAGUGUGCCUGUGGCUUCAGGGGGUUGUUGUUGUUGUUGUUGUUGUUGUCAUUGUCCUGGAUUUUUGGUUCUGUGAAUUUCCUCAAGGUGCUCAGAUGGAGAAAGGUUUUAAUCUGAUCUCACAUGAAUAAACUUCUUUUGACUUGAUCUGGGCUAAUUCUGCCAUGUGCUUUAUUCUACUCUUCUCAGCACGGUUCUGCUGAGCCUGCUUAUUUCUUCCUUAUUGUAGGCCUGGCUCUAACAGCUGCAUUUCUCUUAACUGCUGUGAAGACUUGAGCCCUGACUAACCCUGAAACCAAACCCUCACCCCAGCCCAAAAGGGGACCGUAUCCCACACGCUGCGGUUUGGCACUCUUUCCUGAUGUCUCACGAGAAGCUUUGUGAGAGUCUCCUAACAGAGGUGCCCAGAAUGAUGUAAUUAAUGGUUUUAAAUAAAGAAGCCAGAACAUGUA